AUGAUGAUUUAAAUGCAUCUAUCGAACGACGAGAGGAAGUUGAUGGAGAAGUUGCUGAAAUUGAGCAACACUUGCAGAAUAUUUCACAGGAGUAUGCAAAAUUAAAAACCUUAAUGGACCAGAAAGGGUAUGCUCGCACACGCAGACAAAAUACUAAAACUACCAUUGAUAUGAUCAGUGACCGUUGUUCCAGUGUCCGCUACAGACGACGGCAAGAGACCAAGAAUGUACUUGAAUACAUCCAUGGUGGUGAGGUUGCAGCAGUACUUGGAGCUUGGGAUUUUGUAACAGCCCAUGCAGACAAAGAACUUAUGGACGACUUGAUUAGUAAGUAUAAAAGGGGAAAAUACUUACAAGGGGUAAUCAACAAAGCCAUGAACGAUCACAAGCAGUCCAAGGAUUCCCUAAAUCAAGCACUUGCUUUUAAGUACCAGAAUUUUUUGUCUCGACGUAAAUUUAAUUUAAUGUGUAAAACACAGUCUUCUGUGUUUGAUCCUGAUGCUGAAGUAUGGUUACCACGAAAUAUGAAGUGCUUAGGGGUAGAUGUUGAGUUGUCGCUUAGUCGAGUGUCUGAUGACAAAAUUGAUAAAUUUGUAAAAUCAUUAGAUAUAGGUAGUAUUACUCAAAUUCCAAAUGCACCUGGGGUCACUAGGACCAUCACUGGCCUUGUAUUCAUGAUUAUUGAUUUGCAUUUACGAUUGCCACAUCUUUUUCGGCAACUUAUUUGGUUCAAUGAAAAUACCAAUCAUUUCAUUUUCCAGUUUUCUGAUGAUGGUGCCCCUGAAACAAGCCAGCUCACAAUGUCAAUAGGCAGUAUAACAUUGUGGAAUUUUGGGGAAAGGGUUAGAAGUAGGGAAUUUCAGUACCUACUUCAUUGUGUCAGCCUUGGCGAAAAGCAUGCAAUGCUUGAGCUUCUUUGGAGACAACAUACUGAUGAGAUGCAGCUACUUGAGUCCAGUGUUUUUACAGUUUGUGGGAAGGAGUGCACAGUUGAGUUUCAGCCAAGUGCUGACAUGAGUUGGCAAAGUUGGGCCUGCAAUGAACUGAACCAGGCAGCUACACACCCUUGUCCCUAUGCAAAUGUGCACAAAAAUAAUAUGUGUAUUCUAGGUGGCACAAUUGGUCUUGAUCACAAUGAUACUUGGACACCGUACACAAACGACUUGCGUGCUGAGCAUACAAAGAAGGUAAAUGUUUUUAUUAGUUCUCUAUCUAUUAACAUAACAUUAACAUAAUUAAACUUAUAUUGCGCAUAUUACCAUGUAGAUAUGUUCAUAUGCGCAUUACAUGAAAAUCUAAAAUUUAAAUUACAGUUACUAUAUUAUAGUUAUUUACAUCUAAAAUCAGAGUUCACUUUAUAAAAAAGUAUUUCAAUGUUCGAAGGCCAUUCUAUAUAAGUAGGUUUUCAAUGCCUUUUUAAAUAGAUUUAAAUUGUCCAUAUUACGAAUAUAUGCUGGCAUAACGUUCCAAAGUUUUGGAGCAGCUGAUUUAAAUGCUCUCCCACCAAGAGUCGUCAAACAUUUUCCUGUUGGUGGCAAUAGUGUCAAACUUCCACAUGAUCUUAAACUGUACCUAGUAUGCCUUCUAAUGUUAAUAAGAUCCAUUAAAUAUUUUGGGGCUAGUCCAUGUAUGCAUUUAAAAGUUAACAAUAAAAUUUUAUACUGAAUCCUGUAAACAACAGGCAACCAGUGUAAGGGCGUCCAAGACGGGUGUAAUGUGACUGAAUCGUGAAAUACCGAUGACCAAUCUUGCAGCAUUGUUUUGAACACGUUGGAGUUUCGUCAUAUGAACAGCUGGAAUACCGUAAAGCAAUCCAUUGCAGUAAUCAAUCUUACUUGAAAUAAGUGCAUGCACCAAACACUCCACAUCCUGGCGAGUUAAAUACUUUCGUAUUCUACGGAUGUUAUAAAGAUGAAAGAAAGCAGAGCUACAUGUCUUGUUAAUAUGCUGUGACAUGUUUAAUUUAGAAUCAAACCAAGAUCCCAAGUUUUUCGCUACAGAAGAUGGCAUAA